AUGAACCUAGUCCGCGCCCUCGGCUGCACUUACGCCGCUGCCUUCCUCUUCCUCCGCCUCGGCCAAACCUACCACCUCCUCCGCACCCACGGUCUCCUCGUCCUCGUCCUCGUGGCCACUCUCCUCUACCACCGCCCGCCGCUGUCCAUCCUCGCGCUCCCUGCCGCCAUGGUCGCCUGCGUGCUCCAGUGGGACGUGCUCGCUCCCCAAGCACUGACCAACGGCCUGGCUGCCGAGAGAGGCUUGACCGUCGUCGUCACCGGCGCCAACAGCGGGCUCGGACUCGCGUCGGCUCAACGCGGCGCGCGGCUACGCGCGUGGCUCGACCGUGGCGGCGACAACUGGUGCAGGAUCGAGUUGCCGCCCAUGCACCCACAGGACUUCGACGUGCGGUGGGAGCCUCCAGUUUACGGCUCGCCGGUCCGGAUCUACCUCUCGCCCUCCACCAACGCCUCGUCGGCAGGCCCGCAGCCACCUCUCGCUAGCACCGCGUGGCCGCAGCUCCGGGUCGGCGGCGCGUCGCCGGACCAGCCGCUCUUCGUGCUCAACGCGCCGUACGGGAACCUGCGGAACCAGAUUGAGAAGGGGCAUCGCGUGGGCCGCGCAAAGUCCGGGCUCGGCUCGGGCCACAAAGUCGCCAACGCGUACUUCCACCUCCGAGCGAUCCAGUACACACCUCGCCACACACGCCGGUGCCUCGCCGCGAGGUGCCACCCGUGCCUCCAGCGCAUCGGCGUCCACGCCGCCGCCGUGUUCGAGGCGACCCCGCCGACUGCAC